AUGUCUCUACGAAGCAUUGGAGAUUCGGCUCAAGAUGUUCCGACUGAAGAUAUUUUUGAGUCUUUUGGAAGUGAUCCGGCGCCCAGAAGAAGACAUCAAUUGAAGUACAAGAAUGGAGAGUGUUUUGUUGCUGAAGAGGACUUGGUGCAAAACUAUCCGAAGCAGCGGAGUUUUCACCAUUCUUGCAAGUGAGUUCACUAUUAUUAUCACCAUUUGAACUGUUUUUUCUAGUGCUGGCCCUCUGCUCCAUGAAGCGGAAGCUGCGGACUCUGCUGUCUUGUCUUUCGACGCGUAUGCAGAGGAAGACGGUCUAGAUGAGGAGAUUCACCGCAUCCGUAUCUUCAAGAUCAACUACCAUCUGAGUGAUGACACUGUGACCGUUAAUGAGCCGUUUGUAGACAACACCGGAUAUCUUCAUGUGCGCAGCUUUUUCUACUAGACAUAACCUAUUACCUUGCAGGGAAGAAUUUUCCGUCGUCAAAAAGUACCGGCUCACAGCCGCAUCGGCAAACCAUACAUUCAUUGGAGCGAUCUGAAUGUUGGAAACGAUGUCAAUUUGUUUGAGACUAUCUAUCGGAUUACAUCUUGUGACGGAUUCACACGAGUGAGUUCUCGCUUGCAUUUUUGUAUGAUCAGCUUCUGGUCUAGUGUCACAUACACUAACGUACAAAACCAAAAUGUUCUCUUUGAAGGUCUACAACACCUUUGUUAAUUGAAAAUCUUACAAACACACAAAAUAGUAUUAAAUUGAUCAACUCGACUGUUCCUCUAACAUUUGCCAAUUCACCUCUGAUAAGUUUCCUGAAACACUUUUCAGGUUAUUUAUCUUGAACACUUCGGCCAACGCCUUCUGUACAAUGCCCCUCACCGAAUAGCGAUAUAUUUCUGUAGGGGGAGACUAAAAAGUACUGUAUUCCUGGUCUCAUAGCACGGUGCACCCCUUUCUCAACAACCUUUGAAAAUAGGCUUUGAAUAUUACUGCUCGCACAGGUUGCAUUCUCAUUCUCGUUCUCAUUAUCGGAUUAGACAGCUGGUGCUCAUAUAAUCUAACCCGACUCACUAAUUGUUUCCUUCUCAAUAUGAAGAAGAAAUCAUGAAUAUUAUCCGGCUUAGGGCGGUGGAAAUGCAAGAAAGUCUCUCUAAUUGCUUUCUGCUCCAGUGCAUCAUUUUGCCGACAAUUUCAAAUUUUGUAGAACUUUCUCGAAGAGCAUGGAAUCAAAGUAAGCGAGGAUGAAGAGUUACCGGAAGAUCCGUGGCUUGUCAGACGACGUGGAGCGCCUAGAACUGCUCCAAAACUUCCUGAUCAAGUAGGGAAAUUGAACAAGUUGAUAUAAACAAUCGCACAUUUCAGAGAGAAUUCAUCAACCGGCCUGCUAUGCUUGUUUACCGGUGCUGUUGGCUGGAUCACAUGAAUGAUUUCCAUGGCUGUCGCAUGAAACGAAUUUUCAAGUAAGAUAAUUGAAAGAUCUUCAAACAGUGCUUCAUUCCAGAAUGUUCGUAUACUGUUCUGAUAACACCGUCGCAUUGAUAGAAGAAACAAAAGAGUUUGAGGGUCAGCUCUUCUUGAAAAGAAUCGCUUUACCAUUUCCAGUCCAAGCAGGUUAGCAGAAGGAACAUGUCUAGUCGUGAUCAGGCAUUUACAGACACGCCACGUCGUGACUAUCGCUGGUGGGAUAUUCGUCCCGGAGUUUGGGUUGACGUCUUUUGUAGACCGAUGUUUGUGUUCGAAUGCGCUAAUGAUGAGACUAAGUCGUUUAUUAGACAACAAUUCGGAGAGACCGACUUUUCAAAUUAUAGUACUCAGGUCGGUUAAUGGUUCUUUGUUCGGAAGUAACGAACUGAAAACAAUUAAGAUACUCGAAGAUGGACCACCCGCAUCUCAUUUCUGCAAUUCGCCGUCUGUGCUGAAGUUCAGAUGUACAAUGGUAAUUCAAUAGACCGAUUAACUUUAUGAAUAAAUUCGAUUAACAGGUUGAUGCCCCGUCAGUUCUUUACGGUCUUCAUUUCCUACUCUAUUACGACGUCAAUCGGCGUUUAGUGACAAUAAUUGAGGAAGGUCGCAAGACUUGGACGCAAGGGCGAGUAUUCCUCAAAGAUGUAGAUGCAUCUACUUUCAGGUAGAGCUGAACACUAUCAAAAUCGAAGAUCUGAAAAUUUUCAGCGAGAAUCAGUUUGCAUCUGGUCGCAUCUUACAAUUUUUCAAGUGGCGUUUCAAUUUGGUUCAAUGCAGUUCUGAAACGGAAAAGUAUCUUCGAUGGAAACAGACGCCGAACCAAAAAUGA